AUGGGAUCCGUCGUUCUCCCGCAUCUGAACUCCGGCUGGCAUGUCGACCAGGCCAUCUUAUCCGAAGAAGAUCGUCUCGUCGUCAUCCGGUUUGGACGUGAUCACGAUCGGGACUGCAUGCUGCAAGAUGAAGUGCUCUACAAGAUAGCCGACCGCGUCAAGAACUUUGCCGUCAUUUACUUAUGUGACAUUGACGAGAAACAGGUUCCUGAUUUCAACGCCAUGUACGAGUUGUACGAUCCUUGCUCUAUUCUGUUCUUCUUCCGCAACAAGCACAUGAUGUGCGAUUUCGGUACGGGUAACAACAACAAGCUCAACUGGGUGCUGGAGGAUAAGCAAGAGCUCAUUGACAUUAUUGAAACGAUAUACCGGGGAGCAAAGAAGGGUAGAGGUUUGGUGGUCAGCCCCAAGGACUACAGCACGAGGCACAGAUAUUGA